AGGCUCUAUGAUGACAGGUAUUCACCAAUCUGUUUACUGGGGCUUGACUUUGAAGAGGAUUUGGCACUAUUGAGUUUUGUGCUGUGCAAGUGCUGCUGCAGGAAACUGAGGGGAGAGCAUGGUCCAGCUGGGAAGUCAGAACAUGAGUUAGAGCUUCAAGAGGAGAUCAUGAGAGGUCAUGACAUGAAGCUGUGAAGCUGUGAGGAUGAAGCCUGGAUCGCCUUUUAGACCAUGAGAUGAGUCAGAGCUACAGUGAGGAGAUCCUGAGAGUUCUUUGCAUGAGGCUGUGACAGUGAAGUCAGGAUUGCCUUUUGAGACACAAGAUGGGUGCAGUGACCUAUGACGAUGUACAUGUGGACUUCAGUGUGGAAGAGUGGGCUUUGCUGGAUUCUUCCCAGAAGAAUCUAUACCAAGAUGUGAUGCUGGAGACCUACAGGCACCUCACAGCUGUGGGCUAUAGGUGGGAAGACCAUAAUACUGAAAAACAUUGUCAAAGUUAUAGAAGACAUGGCAGGAAUGAAAGAAAUCAUACUGGAGAGAAACUCGCUGAAAUUACUCAAUGUGUUAAAGCCUUUGCAUAUCACAAUCAUCUUCAAAUACAUAAAAGAAGGCAUAAUGGAGAGAAACCCUAUGCAUGUAAUAAAUGUGAUAAAGCCUUUGAAUGUCAGAGUCGUCUACAAAGACAUGAAGUAACUCAUACUGGAGAGAAACCUUAUGAAUGUAAACAGUGUGAUAAAGCCUUUGCACAUCGCAGUAGUCUCCAAACACAUAAAAAAACUCAUAAUGGAGAGAAACCUUAUAAAUGUAAUCAAUGUGGUAAAGCCUAUGCACAUCGUAGUCGUCUCCAAAUACAUAAUAGAACACAUACAGGAGAGAAACCAUACAAAUGUAAUCAAUGUGAUAAAGCCUUUUCACAACACAGUAAUCUCAAAGUACAUAAAAGAAGACAUACAGGAGAGAAACGCUAUGGAUGUAGUAAAUGUGAUAAAGCCUUUUUAUAUUACAGGGAUCUCCAUAGACAUGAAAGAAUACAUACUGGAGAGAAACCUUUCAAAUGUGAUCAAUGUGAUAAAGCCUUUUCACAUAAGUGUACACUUCAAAAGCAUAAAAAAACUCAUACUGGAGACAAACCUUAUGAAUGUAGUCAGUGUGGUAAAGCCUUUUUAUGUCAAAAGAGUCUCGAAAUACAUAAAAGGACUCAUUCUGGAGAGAAACCCUAUGAAUGUAAUGAGUGUGGGAAAGCCUUUGUAUGUCAAAGGAAUCUCCAAAGACAUAAAAGGACUCAUACUGGAGAGAAACCUUAUGAAUGCAAUGAAUGUGGUAAAGGCUUUGCACAUCACAAUAGUCUUCAAGAACAUAAAAGAACACAUACUGGAGAGAAACCAUACAAAUGUAUUCAAUGUGAUAAAGCCUUUUCACAAUACAGUAAUUUACAAAAGCAUAAAAGAACACAUACUGGAGAGAAACCCUACAAAUGUAAUCAAUGUGAUAAAGCCUUUUCUAGACAUGCUCAUCUUCAAGCUCAUAAAAGAACACAUACUGGAGAGAAACCUUAUGAAUGUAGUCAGUGUGGUAAGCUCUUCGCACAUCAAGAGAGUCUCCAGUUACAUAAAAGAACACAUACUGGAGAGAAACCCUGUGAAUGUAAUGAGUGUGGUAAAACCUUUGUAUGUCAAAAGAGUCUCCAAAUACAUAAAAGAACUCAUACUGGAGAGAAACCUUAUGAAUGUCAUCAAUGUGGUAAAGCCUUUGCCUAUAACAAUAGUCUCCAAAUACAUAAAAGAACACAUACUGGAGAGAAACCACACACAUGUAAUCAAUGUGAUAAAGCCUUUACAAAAUACAGUUAUCUCCAAAUACAUAAAAGAAGACAUACUGGAGAGAAACCUUAUGAAUGUAAUCAGUGUGAUAAAGCCUUUGCAUGUCGAAGGAGUCUCCAAAGACAUAAAAGAAAACAUCUUGAGGAGAUAGAUGCCAUAUGAAUGAAAUUAGUGUGAUAAAACUUUGCAUAUCAAAGUAGUCUCCAAAUAUAUAAAAGAAGACAUACUGGAGAGAAACCCUAUGAAUGUAAUUAAUAUGGUAAAGCCUUUGCAUAUCAGUACUCUUCAAAAUCAUAAGAAAAUAAUCAUACUGUCGAGAAAUCCUAUAAAUGUAAUCAGUGUGGCAAACUUUUGCAAUUCAUGGUAGUCUUCAUACACGAGGAAAACUUUUAGUGUGUAAUUGAGCUGUUAAAUCCUGUGCAUAUAACAUUAAUCUGUGACGAUCUGAAAAAAAUGAAUACUGAAGGAAAUCUGACUAUAAAGCAUUUGGUAAGAUCAUUAGCCAACAUAUGUACAUUUAGUUACACGAGAUUAUUCUGGAAGAAAAAAUCUAGCAAGUGUCAACAAUCUCUUCAGUCAUUAAGAUGUUUUUAUUUUGUUUGUACCUGCAAUCUCACAUAGACAAAAGGCCUAUGAAUUUAAACUAUAAAACAACUUUUAGAUUUCUUCUCUUCAAUCACAGAAAACAAGAAAUCUAUGAGUAAAACUUUAUGGAUAUGUAUUAGUGCAUUUUCUGUUGCUGUAAUAAAACAUAAUGCCUAAGUCAACUUAUGAAAGAAUUUAAUUGGCCCUUGGUUCCUGAGAGAUACUGGAUCACAAUGAAAGUGGCAUGGCAACAAUUGUCAGAAAGGGCAGCUAAAGCAAGAAGCUAAGAACUUACAUCCUCAACUUGCACCACAAAGUAGAGAGUGGGAACUGGAAAUGGUGUAUGGAUGAAAACUCUCUGGCCCACCCCUACUGACAUACUUUAUAGGCAUGGCAGCAUUUCCUAAAUCUUCUGAAAUACCACCAACUGAGAAGGAUUGAUUUCUCUGACUUCAGCCUACAUGCUAGUUUUCUGUUAUAUGAACCUCUUCACAAUGAAGAAAAUCUCUGUAAUCCUUUUAAAUGUUUCAAAAUUUGUGUUACUAGAAUGAAUUCUUACAAGAGAAAAGCAUUCAUGAGGAAAAUUUGUUUACAGAUUUUAACUAUGUGAUGUCAGUGUGUCUUUGUAUGAUGAUUAUGUGCAUGUGCAUUCUGGUUUUCAAGAAGGUUAGACCCUUGGAGCUUUUUGAAGCAUGAUUUACAGAAAGUUGUCAAAAACCUAAUUUUGGUCCUAGGAAUGAACUUGUCUUAAUUGUUUAGCCAUGUCUCCAGGCCUUUAAAUAUUUUAAAACCUUUUACUAUCAUCUUGAUAUCAAGAAAUAGGGAAGAACUGAUACAAGAGGAAACCCUAUUCAUGUAUAUGAUUUUAUAAGAACUUACAUACCACAGUUGUCUUCAGUUUUUUAAAAAAAGGACUUCCUUCAUCUCUUUAACCUCAUAGCCUUGAAGGAAUCAAAUUACCAAGUUCACACAAGACUGAUGUUGGAGAUCAGUGCAUUGUGGUUCUAUUUUGCAACAUUUGAGGUAGUUAUUAAAGUGUGCUAUACGUGUUGCAAAUCUAUUUAGUCAAAUUCACUUUGUGGUCCUUAUAUUCCUUUGUGGCCAUUGUUCAUCCUUGAUUGUGCUUUCACUUCGAGAUAGAUAUUUUUCUAUUGCAAUGUAUAGAAGAGGAUGCCCAUCAUCUAAGUAGUCCAUUGUUUAUUUAAACAUCAGGGAAUGCUGAUCAUACUUUUCAAGUAAGGGUGUCUGUGAAAAGUGGUGGGUUUUAUUCUUGGUUUUCUUUUUAAUAUUUUCACAAAUUCCCUUAAGAUGUUUUUUUUUUAUUCAGCCUAGGUUGGAUGUCAGUUAUUUGUCUGGAAUACAUUUGAACUCAUGAUUUCAUGUGUCAGUCUCCAGUGUAAAAAUCCAAGGGUAGGUGAUAGACCCCUAACGUUUGCUAUUUUUUUCAACAUGUUUUAAAAUGUUAAUUUUAAAUUGCUUAAUAGAGGAGAAUAUAAGAAACAUUACCUCAUGUGUACAUCCAAAGCUGCACUUUCAUCUCUGAAAGAGAUGUAAUGAGGUAAAAUGAUCAGCAAUCAGCUGUACAUAUGCCACCAGUUUUCCCCUUUUCUCUGCUUAUUUUAUUAGCUUUGUGCAAUUUUCCAUUACACAUGAUUCAUUAUCUUCUUUACAAAUGUGUAAAGUAAGAAAUACAUUAUCCUUUUUACUCUUUUAAAAAUGAUGGCUAAAAUGUCACAAAUAAGAACUCUGUAUGCUAAUAUUAUCUUGAUUUAGGACCUCUGCCACUGAAGAAUCUAGGGCUUAUGAUGUUGCUUUGAGAUACCUCUUUUUAAAACUGUCUCAUUGCGUUGUUUAAGUGGUUUCUGUAUUAUUAAUGAAUUAAUGUUUUAUUCGUUGUAAAGUAGUGAUAGAUCCCAAAAAACUAUAGUGUAUUAGUUUGGACUUUAAAAUAGUUGAACUUAGAGAAGCUUAACAAUGGUGGUCUGAAUGUCAGCUUAAAUUUCACCAAGAAGCAGCGUGCAUUACACUGGUGUGCUAUUUAAUACUUGUAUGAGGAAUAGCUAAAUCUGGAGGGUGACAAAUAAUUGUUAUCCAUGACCUCCUCUGAGAAACCAUUGUAACAAGUUUAAUCUGACAGCAGACACUAGGACCACCAUCAGUGUUAAUGGAUGCUGCUAAUUUUGACAGUUUAAUAGAGAAAAUCAUGAUUUAUCCCAUCACCUUGAUACAUUAUCUGCAGAUAGGAUAGGUAAUUCUCAUCUCUGUUGUACUUUUCUUGAGUAGUUGAUCUUAUUUGAUUUCUUACAGUGCUUAUUUUAUGUGGCUUCAGCUCUGUCAGUUCAUUUAGAUUGUUUCAAAGCUCCACACCAACACUUAGGAUUUAAAUUGGCAGAGUAAAAAUAUUUGUACUCUAUUCUGUCUGAAGUUAUCCUCAUACAACACAAUACAGAUUCCCAUAGACAAAUAUUGCUGUAACUCCAAACUGAAAUAUUUGAAAAAUGGUUACCACAUGUAAAAAGAAGAUCAUUGUAGAAAGAGAUCUCUGAACUGACAGAACAAAGACAUGGCUCUUCUGUUUGCAGUAGGUCACGAUAUAUAGGGAGGAAUGGGAGCAUCCAUAGAUGUUUGGCAGCAUGAAAGAGCAAGAAGAAAGCAAAUAACGAAUACACAAGUGCAUUAUUCUUACAGCAGGAAAGCAGAGGGAGAGAUUGCCACAGAUUCUUUGGUACUUAUUUUUCACGAAGGAGUAAUUUUUUAACUUUUUCCAACAUCUAAUAUGUAUUCUCCAUUUUUCUCACAAGCACACAUGUAUAAACUGUUCUGUCAGAACGAACUUCCAUCUAGUCUAGAAUGCAAUACUAUUCUCUCCUACCCCAGUAUUCCUAAGAAUAUCUGGUCUUGGGGUGCUCAGUCCAUUCAAAGGUAAGUAAUUAAAAGGAAAUGAGCAUGGUCCAUGAAAAAUGCUACAACAAGAAGAAAAUAAACCAGAAAACAAGUGACAACCCAUGAUGAAAUUGUACAGGCCUAAGUGAUGGUUUAAUUUAUGAAACAGUUAAACUUUUGAAAUGGAAGACAAAGGACUCAGUGGUUAAGACAUAUACUGCUCCUUGAGUGACUUGAGUUUACUUCCUAGUACCUAUAUCAGGUGACUCACAAUAACCCCCUGUAAUUCCAGCUCCAGGUGUAUUGGCCACUUCUGUCCUUUAUGUGCACUAGCAUACAUGUGAACAUACCCAUUAAUGUACUUAUAAUAAAUAGUCAUUUUUAAAAAAUCUCUAAAAUGACAGUAUUGGCUGUACCUCGGUGGUAAUUUGCCAGUCCUGGAUAGAAGCCUUGGGUUCAGGUAGUAGCCCUGCAAAAAAUAAAGUGUUCAUUAUCUCAAGAGCUAUGAGUUAAUUAUAAGAGAGCAGUCUGGCAGAGCUCAGGAAGAAAAGAAGCAGAAGGAGGAAUAACAGAGGUUAGAAUGGAAAGUCAACAUUGAAGCCUAAGUGAGGUGGCUUGAUGACAGGCUUUGGAAGUUGAACAAACUGAAAUAGGUAAGAAAGGAGAUGUGCUUAGUGUAGUUCUAGAAAUAGAGAUCCAAUGUUUCAAUAAAAGCAUUUAAAUGACUCCAGAAGUGUUCUACAGAGAAAUCUUUAAAAGUUGAAAGAAUACACAAAGACCAAGGAAAAAUGAAUAUAUACUCAUCACUAUCAUUAUAUAGUCUAGGUCAACAACGUAGGGAAUAUGUGAGCUUUCCACUGUGCAUUCCAUGAAAACAGAUCAGAUUCCCUGUACGUGAUGCUGUGUAAUUGAAUGAUAAUCGAGAAUAUUUAGCAUUACAGGGCAGUGAUAAAUUCUGUAACUUAUCAGGGGAAAUAAUUGUGACCUCACAGGCAAACUCUACUGACAUCUGUUUAAACUAUGCAAACUGAAAAUAAGUAGUACGUAUCUGUUCUUUUUUAUAAGCUGCAGAGAGACUGAGUGUGCCCAGGGUAUAUAAGGUCAUUGUGGAACACUGUACCAAUAAGAGUAAAAUAACAUAGUUAUGGUACAGAAUAAAAUAACCAAGCAGAAAUAAAUUGGAAAAGGAAAGAAGACAGAGGUAGCAUAGUUUGCCAGUUUCACAUUAUAACCAGAAAACAUAAGACAGAAAACUUAGAUUAUUAAGUGCAAGAGGUUUUAGUAUUCUUUAAAUAAAGCUAAACACAAUAGGACAUUUUAAAAAUAUUUAAGCAAGAUGAUGUAUUGGAGAGGAGGUAGGAAGUAUAUACAUACUAAAUUUCUAACUAAAGAAAUAAUCAGAGUUGCCACUAAGGAUGAAAGACCAAAAUGAUUUCCAAGAUGUUCUUUACCCUUGCAAAUACCAGGGUCAUACAUGAGCAUUCUAACACACACAGACACACACAGAGACACACAUACACACACACACACACACACACACACACACUUCACAAAACAAACAGCUAGACUCUAUGCUCCUUGACUAAAACUUUCUCAUUCUUUCCCAUGAAAGUAGUUUUCAGUAUGGUCAGAAGUGAUACCACCUUUGGACUUGUCAGACAUACAUUCUGAGAUGCAGAGGUCCCAGGUCACAUCUGUUGUGUCACAGACAUUGGAGAAGCCCCUCCCUGCAUUCCUCUUGGUCAAAGUGCUCUGUAGUACCGCAGAUGGUUUUUUCUUAGCUUUCUUUCUUUUCCAGUUUUUCUUUUUGUUUGUUUUUUUGGUUCAAGAAAGGGUCUUUCUAUGUAUCUCAAGCUGGUCUAGAUCACUCUGUAGCCCAGGCUGGCCUUGUACUUUCUACCCCCUGCCUCAGCAUACCAAAUGCUAGCCUUAUAGCCAUGUACUGCUAUGUUUCACUAAAUAACUUUGUGUGCGUGCUAUCAA